AUGUCUUCAGGCCGUCGGCCCCGAGGACGGCUAAAGAAGGACGCGAGGACAGCCCCAGCCCAGAACCUCAGGCCUGUCGAGGCCGUCGAAGAGGUCCAGAGUCCGCCGGUCACGGGAGGAGAGAGGGAGGCCAGGUCCCUGACGAUUCCCCGUCCUCCCCGCGGCCGGCGCUCUACUGUGCCCCCCGACCGAGGACCAGCACAGCUAACCAGCCGCCUGCUUUUGGGUAGCAAGCGCCACGAUGCCCGCGACUGCCGAGCGAGCGACGGCGGCCGAGGAGGCUCAAUCCUCAAGCAGCCCGUCAGGGUCCUCACCGACGGGUGUGCGCGACCUACUCAUUUCUCCAUGGAGGGCCAGAAGGUGCAGGAAAGGAUGAGCUGCCAACAAGUUCUGCGUGGCUCAGAAGAGCCAGAAGCCCGCGUCAUUUACAUCAAUGAUCCCCUUAAGAACAUUUUCUGCAGAAACUCCAUCAGCACAACCAAGUACAGCUUGUUGUCAUUCCUCCCGCGAUUUUUGUGUCUGCAGUUUACCAAACCUGCCAAUGCUUUCUUUUUGGUCAUUGCUAUAUUGGAGCAAAUUCCAGAUGUGUCUCCGACAGGAAAAUAUACAACUCUCUUGCCUUUGAUGAUUAUUCUUAUAAUUUCAGGCAUCAAAGAGAUUGUGGAAGAUUACAAACGACAUAUGGCAGAUAAAAUAGUCAACGAAAAGAACAUAAUAGUGUUAAGACAGAAUUCAUGGCGGGUGAUUACAUGGAAAGAGGUAAAUGUGGGCGACAUUGUGAAGGCCUUGAACAGGGAGUUCCUUCCUGCAGACCUGGUCCUGAUUUCUUCCAGUGAACCUCAGUCUAUGUGUUAUAUAGCAACAUCUAAUCUGGAUGGAGAGACAAAUCUAAAGAUACGACAGGCUUUGCCAGAAACAGCUGAAAUGAAAACGGAAAAGCAGUUGUUAAAACUAGCUGGAAGAAUAGAAUGUGAAGGACCCAAUUGUCAUUUCGAUAGCUUUAUCGGAACUUUGUGCCUAAGGGAUAGAAGCUCUGUUCCAAUUGGGCCUGACCAGGUCCUGCUGAGAGCCACACAGCUUAUAAAUACUCAGUGGAUCAUUGGCAUAGUUGUCUACACUGGGUCUGAAACCAAAUUCAUGCAGAAUUCUGCCAAAUCACCUCUCAAGAAAUCAAACAUUGAGAAAGUGACCAAUGUGCAGAUCCCCAUCUUGUUCCUGCUGCUUGUGGCCAUGGUCGUGGUGAGCUGCGUGGGAGCCGUGCUCUGGAACAGGUCGUACGGUGCUGACAUUUGGUACAUGUGGAAGGUUCCUAUGAAAGGAUUGGCAACACAACAAAUGAUUAAUCAGAACUGUGAAGAUCUUGGAAACUUGCUAGGUAAAGAAAAUGACCUAGCUCUAAUCAUUGGUGGUGAAACAUUGAAGUAUGCCCUCCAUUCUGAAGUUAACAAGAAGUUCCUAAAUUUGGCCCUCUCGUGUAGAGCUGUAUUAUGUUGUAGGCUAUCUCCCCUCCAGAAGGCUGAAAUAGUGGGCGUGGUUAAGACGCAUGUACAUGCCACCACCCUCGCCAUCGGGGACGGCGCCAACGAUGUGGGGAUGAUCCAGACGGCCCACGUGGGUGUGGGAAUCAUCGGGAGCGAGGGCACGCAGGCCACCAACAACUCGGAUUACGCCAUCGCGCAGUUUAGCUACCUGGAGAAGCUUCUGUUGGUUCAUGGAACCUGGAAUUAUUUUCGAGUGACCAAAUGCAUAUUGUAUUGUUUCUACAAGAAUGUCGUACUCUAUGUUAUUGAGCUUUGGUUCGCUUUUGUUAAUGGAUUUUCUGGGCAGAUUAUAUUUGAACGUUGGUACAUCAGCUUGUACAAUGUGCUUUUCACUUCAUUACCAGCUUUAACCCUGGGAAUCUUCGAACAAUGUUGCAGUCAGAGGAGCCUGCUCAAGUACCCGCAGCUCUACACCAUAUCUCAGACAGGGGAGAUCUUCAACACAAAGAUGGGUAUGCGUUUUCUCAAGCAGAACAAGCUGCGGUCACUCAGGAAGAACUAG